GCCAAUCUGACCACGCCCGAGCAGCACCAGGCACUACCUCCAGCUGAGCGCCGAGAGCGAGCUGGGAAAUGGCGCGAGUUCAUUAGCAGCAUCGACAAAGUCGGCUGGGAGGCAGCUCGCGCAUAUCGACACCGCUUCAACAAUGCUGCUGGAUGGACGGAGGUCAAGUUCGUGGUUGCGGACUUUGACGCUCUGAGCAAUGCGGACUUCAUCGGCCAGGUGUCCAUCCAUCUGGACAAGACGUCAUCACUUGCUGGCCACCAGCAAGUACUGCAUUUGGUCGACAGGAGCGGCAAUCCCGUCAUCGGAAAGAAUGGGCUGCCUGCGACAUUGACCUGCGCAAUUCAGUUUCACCCGCUACCAGAGGGUCGCCUCAGCGCCGUAUGGCGAGUUCACGUGCUUAGUGCGGCGAACCUGCCUUCGCGAGACCUCUCGGGAAGUUCCGAUCCCUGGGUCUCCCUCUAUGCCACAGGAAAAGAGGGCUCGCAGGCCUUUUGCUUCCAGCAGAGGAGCUCGGCCCUUAUGAAGCCAGGCGAGCAGUUCUUGGCGGAAGCCCUGGAAGAAGCGGCACCCGGUUUGGGCGUAGCAGUGAUGCAGUCGGCCGAAAAGAUCCUGCCCUGCGCGGUAGGCUCUGGCCUCAUUGCUGCUGCAACCGGCGUCAAGGAAGAGAAGGCAGCGUUCAGUGCCUGGUCAAUCGCCGCCGCACAUGCUGCGGACCGUGCAGCACGCGGCCUGGCACGAGGUGGGCGCUCACCAGUGGCGCCUGCUGCCGGAGUGACUGAAGGAGAUGGCACGGUUGCGCCGAUCUUCAGCGAUGGUCUGCGCAGCCUACCUGACCGAUCAGCCUGCACCGGUUGGUCUUUGCUUGGGACCUGCCAAUGA